AUGUUGGCGUCUGUGUUUGGAAGAAAGUUUGAAGAGGUACUUGAGUGGGCACAAGAGCAAGAAGACGAAGUCAAAGACACAGAUGUAGACCUGCAGUUUGGUAACAGCCCAGCCCCCGCUAGCCCCGGUGGCACAGUAACAGCAGCCGCAGACACCGUAGAAGACAUCCCGGAAAAGGGUGACCAAGUAUGGCGGCUACUCCAGCACCUGUGCACGGGAGAAUCCGAGGGCAUAGUGGUGAACUCUGGUGGUGGUUUUGAGGCCUGGAGACGCCUGCACCGGCGGUUCGACCCGCUGUCGGCAGGCCGCAAGAGGAACCUCUUGAGGGCCAUUCUGUCACCAGUGAGAGUCAAGGGUUGGGAGCAUGUUAGACAAGCUAUAGACCAACUAGACGACCUGAUAAGAAGAUACGAAGCCCGAAAGAAUGAUGCAGGCGUGAGAGAAAAGUUGAGUGACGACUUGAAGAGUACAGCCCUAGAGUUGCUAGUUCCUACAGACUUAGAGCAGCAUCUUAUCCUCAACAAGGCUAGGUUAAACACCUACGAAGAUAUGAAGGGGGAGAUACAGCAGUUGGUUGAGGUUAAGACGAAAGGGACGGUAGAACAACCGGGGAAAAUCCCAGCGUCAUCGUCCCAAGGACCAGCGCCAAUGGAGGUUGAUGCCUUAACCCAAGCCAUAAGCUCCCUCAUGAAGGGGAAGGGGAAAGGUAAAGACCCUAAAGGUAAAGGUAAAGGUAAGGGUGGCAAAGAUGGCUCAAACAGAAAGGCUCAAGCCAAGAAUGGCUCUGUACAGAAGUUCCAAGGCAACUGUCACAACUGUGGCAAGCCUGGCCAUAAAGCCGCCGACUGUUGGUCAAAGCUCAAGUUGGGAAACACGGACUCAAAGAACAAGGGCAAGCCCAAGGACAAGGGCAAAGGCAAAGGCAAAGGAAAGCACGCUGGAUCCCUAGAAGAGGGAGAGGCAGAAGAACCAGCUCAGGAAGAUGAGCUGGGUGCAGUUGAACUUUGCGCUGUAGAAACCGCCUCCCAAGGCGGGCGGUGGAUGAAGUUUAACUACGACACAGGGGCGGCCCGGACAGCAAUCCCUCAGGACUGGGAGAGUAAGGGUUCGCCUGCUGAAGGCCCAGAGCUGACCUUCAAGACCGCAAGUGGGGAACUGAUCACCAGCAAAGGUGCAUGCAAAAUCUCCGGCAGAGACGAGAAUGGCCGGAUGAAGGGGAUCACUGGGUCCCUGGCCCCGGUGCACAAACCGCUGGUGUCAGCCUACAAGUGUGCGAAACAAGGCUAUGUGGGUGUGAUCCAAGAGGAUGAAGGGCACCUCAUACCCCGCGCAAGCCCGUUAGGCCGAAAGAUAGAAAAGCUGGUAAAACAUGCGAGCGCCGAGGAAAAGAAGGGUACGAUACCCCUCUACCAGGAGGGAGGUGUCUACAACUUCUACUUGGAAGCAAACGCAGUCGAGGUGGCCGGACCAGAAGCUCCGGCGCAAAGCCCGGAAGGGGAAGAAGAAGGCGAAGUAGAGGUGGCGGCUCCUAAGCAGGUUCGGUCUCCGAUAGAACCGACCGCCGCAGAGAUAGCUGAGCACGAGGUGCUUGGACAUGUCCAAUACAGAGAGUGGUGUCGCCACUGCGUGGCUGCGAGAGGCAUUGGCCAGCAGCACCGCAGCCGGGAGCAACGUGAGCGUCAGAACGACGGACUUCCAACGGUGGCGUGUGACUACUGUUUUAUGGGACAAGACGAUGGCAAGGUGAAACCAAUCCUGGUCAUCAAAGAUUCGAAGACGCAAGCAAUAGCUGCGACUUUUGUGGAAGCCAAGGGAACAGACCCCUACGCCAUCAAGUUUUGGCAGGGCUUUGUCAAGCACCUUGGUUACAAGAAGUUCAUUGCGAAAAGUGAUGGAGAACCAGCCAUAAAGGCUAUGAAGGCGAAGGCCAUAGAUGGCCUGAAGGGGAUUGAAGCAAUAUCCCAAGAGACUCCCGAGGGAGACCACCAGGCCAACGGCCUGGCAGAGGUAGCUGUGAGAGAAGUGAAAAGGCAAGUACGGGUCAUGAAGAGCUCUCUGGAGGAGAAGCUCGGGAUCACGCUAAGUGACGAGGACCCAGUCCUUGCAUGGCUGCCGAGACACGGAGCAGACUUGCUCACGAGGUAUAGGAAGGGAGAAGACGGCAGGACGCCCGAGCAGCGCCGGUCAGGGAAGGCCUGGAGACGGCCAGCCUUAGAGCUGGGUGAAAGGCUUUUCUACCGUGAAGCGGUCGCCGCGGAAUCCAACAAGAAUGAUCUCCACAUGAAGAUGUUGGAGGGCAGGUACAUAGGACACCAUGGCGGGACCGGAGCGUUGCUGGUCAUCACACCCAAUGGUGUGAAGAGGGCGCAAGGAGUGAGACGUUUACCGCCUGAGCAGAGAUGGGACGCUCAGGGAUGGACAAGCCUCAGAGGCUAUCCUUGGGAUGUAGCCCACAGAGCUGGUAGGAGCCACAGGCUCAACGGAGAAGGCCCGCUUCCAGUGCAGGGCCCGGCACCAGUGUUGGCGCCGCCAGUCCAAAGGAGACUGUACAUUCUGAAAGCGGAUGUAGAGCGCCUGGGACCAACCCCAGGCUGCCCCGGGUGUACAUGCGUACUCCUGGGAGAGUCGACGCAGGUCAACCACACAGAGGCCUGCAGAGCCAGAAUGAUGGAGCUUCUAGCUCAAGACGAGAGGGGAAAGGCCAGAAUUGAGGCACACGAGUUGCGCCAGAGACGAAGGCCAGAGCCCCCAGAGAGGGAAGAAGAGCUCCGAGUAGCUGAUGCGGUAGGUGAACCGGAGGCUUCAGGCGUGCCUGAGGCAGGAGGGAGAAAGAAAAAGAGGGGCACGAGUAGCCCGGGGUCACCCGGGACUCUGCCGGAGCUGAGAGUAGACCAACAGAGUUGGAAGAAGACGGCAAAGCCGAUGUCAGCAGAUGAAAGGGCUCGAAGAGCCUACUACGACCUUGACGAACCACCGCCCGCGCAAAGUGAACCGAGCGCGGCAAGUGGAAUCAAAAGAACGGCCGAGGAGCCGCCUGAAAGCUUAGACCCUAGAGCAACAAGCUCAGGAGAUGUAGAAGAACUGGUGUCGCAGCCAGUGGUACAGCAGCAGGCUGAAGAACAGCCGCCGCAAAGCAUGCAAGCGCUGAGUUCUCUCAAACGAGAAACUGCACUGUUAGUGCAAGGCAUGGUUCGGAACAAGUAUAGGGCAGAGCAAGUAGACGUCACCGAACAGGAGGUGAUGGAUAUCGCAUCCUUGUGCACAGCCAUGGGAGCCGUGGAUGUGAUGGAAAUCUACAGCCCAAAACGGUUUACGGAACACGCGCCGCGACUGGGCCUUUUGCCUGGAUAUGCGGUAGACUUGUGUGAGACCAAGCCCAACAGUGAAGAGCAUUGGGACCUGUCUAGAGAAGAAGACAGGAAAGAACUAGAGGAGCUGAUUGAUGCAGAAGAACCCCGGCUGUUGACCGGAGGCCCGCCGUGCGAAGCCUUCUCGAGGCUUCAAGCACUCAACCAGAAGCGGGUGUCACCAGAGGUGAGAAAGAAAAGAAGAGAGCAGGGAGAGCAACACCUGCACUUGAGCAUUAAGAUGUACCGAAAGCAGAUGGAAAAGGGAAGGUACUUCCUACACGAGCAUCCGUGGAGCGCGGACUCAUGGUACGACGAGGAAGUCAAAGCCCUCGCAGAGGAUGAAAGAGUUUACGUGGUAAAAGGCCCCAUGUGUAAAUGGGAGAUGAAGGCCAACGACGUGGCAGGAAACGAAGGAUAUGUGAGAAAGGAAACCGGCUGGAUGACAAACAGUCCAGUGUUGGCCGAAAUCCUUCAGGGAGAGUGCAGCAACAAGCAGGGAGGACUGUGGCAUAGGCAUGUCCGCCUUAUAGGUGGAAUCGCCCGAGGUGCUGCGGUUUACCCGCCAAAGCUGGUAAAUGCUGUACUUAAAGGCUUGAAAGAACAAAUGGUUGAAGAUGGAAGCCUAAGCGCCGUAGAUGCGUAUGCGGCAGGACCAGUACCCGAGGAGCCCAGCAUGCCUGCUGGCAACUGGUACCAAUACUGGGACGACGUGAAUGGAGGGUACCUGGACUCCGAAGGAGUCCUCAAAGCUAGACAGCUGGAGAUGGAGUACAUCCACAAGCAAGGUGUGUGGAAGAGGGUACCUCUGGACCAGUGCAUUCAAGAAACAGGCAAGCAACCAAUCCCACUGAAGUGGGUAGACACGAACAAAGGGGAUCACACGAACCCCAACUUGAGGUCCAGACUGGUCGUGAAAGACAUCAAGGCCAGGAAGGGCCCCGAGGACCAGCUAGACCCAGCGAUGUUGUUUUCGGCUAUGCCCCCGCUAGAAGCGGUGCGCAUUCUUACGUCCAUGCUUAUGAGCAAACAACGCUCGAAGCACGGGAGGCCGUUACGACUUGGGAGCUGGGACAUCUCAAGAGCCCAUUUCUAUGGGACUCCAAAGAGAAACAUUUAUGUGAAGCUCCCAGAGGAAGAGGGAGCAGGAGAAGGAGAGUGUGGACUGCUAUUGAAGUCAAUGUACGGAACGCAAGACGCGCCAGCGAUAUGGCAGGACCACUACACUCAAACUCUGAUUCAAGCAGGAUGGAAGAGAGGAAGAAGCAAUGGUGCAGUCUUCUAUCACCCAGUGCUGGAUGCCCGUGUCUUAGUACACGGAGACGACUUUCUGUGCUUGGGUGACGAAGCAGCGCAGGAAGCACUAGACAAGACACUCCGAGAAGCCUACGAGCUGAAGCGCACAGGAGAGGUAGGAAUCGGAGUUGCAGGAAGCAACCAGAUCACUUUCCUCAAUCGGGUGAUACGGUUGGAGCAACACAGUGGGAGACCCUGCGCCGUGAUUGAAGCAGACUCGCGGCAUGCAGAACUCCUCAUCGAGGAGCUGGGUCUGAACAAUGGUAAGGGCGUAGAGACAGCGGAUGUUAAGAAGUCUGUGGAUCAACAAUUGCUGGAAGCUAAGGCAGCUGCACUUCCACCAGAGAUGGUGAAGCAGUAUAGGUCCUUGGUGAUGCGCGCAGCAUACUUGGCACAAGAUCGUGCAGACAUAGGCCAUGCGGUCAAGACACUGUCAAGAAAGAUGGUAAUGCCGACAGACGCUGACUGGGGCAACCUGAAGCGGUUGGCUCGUUAUCUCAAGCAGUACCCGUAUGCGAAGUUGGUUUAUGAACAACAGCGAGAACCAACCAAGCUCCGUAUCCAAGUAGCUGCGGACCAUGCAGGUGACGCCGUUACGAGACGGAGCACCACGGGUAUGAUCGCGUUCUAUGGCCAGCAUCCCAUAAAGCACUCGUCAAACGUGCAGUCGACGAUUGCCCUAUCGACAGGGGAGUCAGAAUACUACGCCCUAGUGAAGGCAGGUUCGACUGGACUUGGGAUCCAGUCCCUGUUAGAAGAUUGGAGCUGCGAGCUGGAGGUUGUCUUGGAGACGGACUCCAACGCAGCCAAAGGCCAAGGGAGCCGGAUAGGCCUGGGAAAAGCUCGCCACGUACAAACAAGGUACUUGUGGUUGCAAGAACGCGUGGCAGCAGACCACUUGAGGAUCCAUAAAGUGCUUGGGGAGAAGAACUGUUCAGAUAUCCUCACGAAGAGCGUAGGAGGACCAACGCUGAGGAAGCAUCUGAAGACACUCGGUGUUCAACUGAGCUCUGAAAAGAGCCGCGGGCACAAGGAACUCCUCUUGUAA